AAUCGAUUUGCAGGGGUGAUGUAUUGUUUUACGAAUAGAUUGAAAGUCCUUAUGUUCCUAAUUUGGAUUGCAAGCUAUAGUGAUACUAAUUGCCUUAUACAGAAAAAACUUAAACAAGUAACCAAAGCUUGUUUAUAUGGUCAGUACAGAGAUGGAAAUGAUUGCAAAGAAUGUACAGUUGGAUACACUGGAGUGAACUGCUCCCAGAAAUGUGUUUUGCCUACAUAUGGAGUUUUAUGUAGUAGAAUAUGCAACUGUUCAUAUUGUCAUCAUGGAAUGGGAUGCAUUUCAACUCCCAGUUUCACAGAAAAUCAACCAACAUUCAGAACAAAACGACCAGAAAGAGAGUUCUUCCUUGGUCAUCAUUAUAAUCAUAUCAGCUGGAGGAGUGAUAACACUGGCGCUACUUAUGUUGAUCUGCGGAAUAACACCCAGAUCUCGCUUCACAUCAAUUGUCACUGAUA